UGAGAUAUCAACUACUUGGGCAAAUGUUGGAUACAGGAGCAAAACAUCUGACAGUCGCCGGCGAAAACUCUAGUUAAGAAACAUCGGCGUGUGCGACAGGAAAGCAAAACAUUAUUUUCUUUUUCAUCGCUGUAGUGCGUAUGUCUGAUUCCGCGAUGAAUCUUAUUAUCACCGAACUUUUGUGAAGUGAUUCCAACAAGACGGAGUCUUUCGCUUUUCUGACUGCAAAGGGGAUACAUUUCCAACAGCGCAAUGAAGAGCUGAGAUUGAAGUGAGAGUGCCUUGAACCAAAAUGUCCAAACCAAUGGAUCACGUAAAGCGCCCUAUGAAUGCAUUUAUGGUAUGGUCGAGGGCUCAGCGACGGAAAAUGGCUCAAGAGAACCCGAAAAUGCACAACUCCGAGAUCAGCAAGAGACUGGGAGCGGAGUGGAAACUUCUCACAGAGUCGGAGAAGAGGCCGUUCAUAGACGAGGCGAAACGGCUGAGAGCCAUGCACAUGAAGGAGCACCCUGACUACAAAUACAGACCCAGACGGAAGCCAAAGACACUGAUGAAAAAAGACAAGUUCGCCUUCCCGGUGCCCUAUAGUCUAGGAGAUCACGACGCGCUGAAAGCGAACGUUCUGCCUAGUGGAGCGCUCUCCGAGUCCUUAAUUGGGAAUCCAGACAAAGCGGCAGCGGCAGCCGCGGCCGCGGCAGCGCGAGUGUUCUUCAACCCGUCCGUGUCUACGAAUCCGUAUUCCUUUUUUGACCUAGGGUCGAAGAUGGCAGAAAUCUCCGCACCAUCGUUUCCAUACGCUUCACCGCUGGGGUACCCGAGUGGCGCGACAGCAUUCUCCGGAGCGGGAACUGUUGGGAGCGCCACACACACUCACACUCACUCCCACCCUUCCCCGGGCAACCCUGGCUACAUGAUCCCGUGUAACUGUACCGGCUGGCCCUCGGCAGGCGUCCAGCCACCUUUGGCUUAUAUUCUUCUGCCGGGAAUGGGUAAACCUCCGCUUGAACCUUACCCUGCCUACGCAGCGGCGUUAUGAUACUUUGGACUGAACCAAAGUUUUAAUAUGUAAAGACAAUAAGUGCUAGAGUUUUCUUAAAUGCAUGCACAAAUCUUUACAUGUGAUGCAACACACGUUGUCUCAGAUAUCACAUGUGUUCUGUACAUACAUUAAUGCCUUUAUAUAAGGUACACUUUUUUGUUUAGAGAACUCUAAAACAAUAUUUACAGACACAUCACUAAUCCCAGAGGGAUUAGUCCAGCUAAAAUGCUGACUCGCUUUGUUCAUUAUCAUAUUGAUUUUGAACAGGAGGGAGUCUUAAAUUAGUAUGUCCUUAACUAUGUGAACACCAAUAUUAGAAGGCACCAUUUUCUUUCUGAACCUGUUGCAAUAGCACCUGCUGGAUAGACCUAUUAAGGUCAACAGUGUCACUGAACAACAUGUGGCAUAUAUUGGGUGAAAAAAAUAUCUAUGUCUUCACAGGUCAUACAAAUCUGUUCAGUUGUUCUGGGCAAUUGUUAGUGAACGAUUUAUGAUAAUCCCAUGUACCCUGGAUAUUUUAGUUUUUGACAAAUUGCUUAGCUUUCACCUUCAACGAACUUGAUGUCGAUCAUCCGUUUUUCGGACUGAGUUUCUGAAAACGCGUUUAUGUGUAAAGAUGAAUGACAUUGAUGGUUUAACCUGGAAUUAACUGGGCUGUCUUACUAGGAACCAGUGUAUAUUUCGAGUUUUUAAAAUGCUGUUUUAUAUAUGUGUGUCAUAUUUAUUGUUUAGUGCAAGCAUCUUGGUGACUCGAUUAUUUAGAGGACCACAUUUGUCCUUUAACAUUUGCACAAUAAACUUGAAGUGCUUAUAGGAUGUAAUAUUUAAUAUUUACUUUCAAGGAAACACACUCUAUUCCACGAUCAAGUCUCUUCUCUAUGUGCGUAGGCCUUCAUUCAACACGGAGGCGUAAAAAUGCAGAUUACUGCCGGGAAUUGUACUAUAUGAUGCUCAUUGGCGUUUAUGUGAUCAUUUUUACUAAUUCCUUAAGAAGUUGUAUGUUUUGUGUUUUAUUUAACAACACUUACUUUCAUGUAAAUUAGACAUAUAAAUGCUAUUCUGUUCAUUUGUUGAACAAGGUUUAUAAUAAAGUGUAUG